CUGACAGCUCCACAGUUCCCGCCUCAACUUCAAUGUUCUUAUCAUCCCAUAUCUUUUGGAUACAAAUAAUCCACUGCCUUCUUCCUGCAUUUGGAAUGUUCACAUUAUUUCAUGGCCGAGUCACUUCGAGUGGAGACCGAACCUAACAUCGCGACAGAAGAAGUAGCCGCCGGAUUCGCUAAUAGCGAUGACCCCGACAACCCUUUCCACUGGCCGUCUCGAACAAAAUGGACCGUCACGCUGACCACCUGUUUUGUAUGCUUUAUCGUUGGCCUAAACGCAACGGGAAUUGCAAGCGCACCGACGCCGAUCAAUGAUCGGUUUAACAUCUCAGAUGCGAACUUUCCUAAUUCAUUCUGGCCUGUUGCAUCAUGGACCAUCGGCGCGGCGAUCGUGCCUAUGAUUGUUCUUCCGCUGAUGGAGAAAUACGGUACUCGAUCAGGCUACCUCUGGAGCUACGGCACUUUUUUUGUGUUUGUAAUCCCUCAAGCUGUAGCGCCAAACUUCGCUACCCUUGUCGUGUGUAGAUUCAUUGCUGGCAGCGCUGCAGGUGUGCUUCAGAAUGGAAUGGACGGUAUUAUUGCUGAUAUCUGGGACGGUCCUGUCCAGCGGAGUCUACCAAUCACAAUCUACGUUACUUGUCUGUUGGCUGGGGUUAGCCUAGGGCCUGUUUAUGGCGGGGUUGUGGUUCACAAUCUCUAUUGGAGAUGGAUUUUCUAUAUUCAGUUGGUUAUAUACGGCGUGACCUUCAUUAUAGUACUUCUCACAAUGAAGGAGACACGUGCUCCAGUCAUCACUUCAAAGCGGUCGAGAGCAGAAGGCAUUCAGAAGGCACCGCCAUCAAUGGAAGCCAAAAACUCGCCACCGUUGUCACCAGCAAAAUUCUUCUAUGAUACACUCAUUCUUCCUGCACGUCUGCUCUGCACUGAGCCUGUAGUAUUCUUCUUCACACUCCUCUCCGCACUUUCCUAUGGCAUCGCUUUCAUCAGCACCCAAAGUGUAACGCAAGUCUUCGUCACAAACUUCGGCUUCGCAGAGUACCAGGCAGGUCUCGUACAAGCAUCGAUAGUAAUCGGUGAAAUCCUGGGUUUUGUUGGCUGCCUUUUCCAGAACGCCCUGUACAAACGCACAGGACUAGCCAACCCGCACAAGUCCGAAGCAGAUGUUUCCGAAGUCCGGCUAUACUUGAGCAUACCGGCUAGUUUCAUAGGGCUUGCUGGCGGGCUGCUCUGGUAUGGAUGGACGAGUUACCAAUCUCUUCCAUGGAUUCUGCCAGCGAUUGGUCUCGCAAUGACGUCCUUUGGCGUUACAGUUGUCAUGCAGGCUAUUAUGAUGUACAUCACUGAUGCAUAUGCCCGAUACGCUGCGAGUGCCAGUGCUGCGGUAUGUUUUGGGGAGAAUAUCUUUGCUGCAUUUCUACCCUUAGCGGCGCAGAGUAUGUAUGCCAAUCUUGGUUUCCAGUGGGCAAGCUCACUGCUUGGGUUUAUUGCUUUGCUGCUCAGUUUUGCGCCGAUUUUACUUGUUUGGAAAGGAAAGGAUAUACGUGCACGUAGUCCGUUUAUAAAGGAAGCAAGCACGAGUUAUAAUCCGUUUCUUCUAGGUAGACAUUGUUAAAGCAUUCUAUGCAACUGAUAAGGUGCAGCAGUUCAAUUGAAAUCCGUCAUAUAAAUCCAAACUUUCUUCUUGAUACUUAAAAAUGUUAAUAACAGGCAUGGUACCC